UGUUGGGGGUGAUUUCAUAAAUUAUUUAUUUAAUUUAGCAAUAAAAUGGCAAAUAAAAUGAUAUAGCAAAGAGAAAACGAUGAGUUUUCGAGGACGUGUUCUAAAAAAUAAGUGUAUUUACUCAAGAUCUGAUUCAACAUAGAAAUGUCUAACUUUCAAGAAAUAGUUAAUUUGAACGUCGGUGGCACCAAAUUUGCUACAUCAUGGCACACGUUAACAUGGGUACCAGAUACGUUUUUUACCGCCCUCCUCAGCGGGCGAAUUCCCACGGUGCGGGAUGAAACAGGUGCUAUAUUCAUUGACAGAGACCCCAACUUGUUCUCGCUAAUAUUAAACUACCUUAGAACUAGAGACAUUGAUUUGAAUGAUGUAAAUUUAAGAGCCCUAAGACACGAGUGUGACUACUUCGGUAUCACACCUUUGAGUAGAAGAUUAGCAUUAUGUGACGAAAUAAAUCACUCAUCCUGUGGGGAUGUACUAUUUUAUGGAUAUCUUCCACCACCUUUAAAUGUUCCUAUACCUGGCAGCAACAAUGGCAGAAACUCUGCGACAGUGUCAAGGAAGAAUUCAACAGCAUCAAAUGCAGAGGGAACAGUAAAUAGAACACACUCUAGAAACUCAUCUUUAGACUUGCGUACUGUUGGAAGAAUUCCUUCUCAAGAUCAGCUGAGUCGCUGUGGAAGAGGACAUUCAAGGGCAGCUUCACUUGGGAAUGCUGAGAUCUUGAAGGGUCUGAGAUCUGCAGAAGGGAACACAUGGAAUGAAAACAUGAAAGUUCAAAUAAUAAAGGCCCACCACAACUGGAUAGCUGUUGCUUAUUCUCAUUUUGUUAUUGGCUACAGAUUGACAGAUUCUUGUGGUUGGUAUGUGGUGUUUCAAUCUCCAGUGCAAGAUUCUCCUAUUGAGCGGAUAGCGCUUAACGCUAAGUCUGGCAGUAGCGCUACCUCAAGUGGCAACAAUAAUGCGGGUACUGAUGUGAUGCUCGGCAUCUCCAGUGGGCCGUUAGUGAGGCUGUGGGCUUUCUCCACUCAUGCUGAGCCUGUUAGACGAACACUGAUAGGCACAUUCAACCUCGGCGUGCGAGUGGAGCACCUGCUGUUCGUGGGGCCGCAGCUGGUGGCGCUCAGCGGUGGCGGAGGGGGCCGCAGCAAGGCCGGCGUGUGGCACACCAGCACACAGCACUGGCAGACGCAGGACGUGCCGCAGCUGUCCGCGCACGACACCGCCGGCAGCUUCCUGCUGCUCGGCACCGCCGCCGGCACCAUUAAUUAUAUUGAUAUGCAAAAGUUUCCUCUACGUAUGAAAGACAAUGAUCUCCUCGUGACGCAGCUAUACAAGGAUCCAAACCAAGAGCCCAUUACAGCUAUAUCAGUGUACCUUACUCCCAAAACAAAUCUGUGCGGUAACUGGAUAGAGAUAGCGUACGGCACGCGGUACGGGUCGGUGCGCGUGAUCGUGCAGCACCCGGAGACCGUCGGCCACGGCCCGCAGCUGUUCCAGACGUUUACUGUGCACCAGAGCCCGGUUACCAAGGUAUCCCUGUCGGAGAACUACCUGAUAUCGGUGUGCAGCGAGUACAACCACGUGCGGUCGUGGCGCGUGACGCGGUUCCGGGGGAUGAUCUCCACGCAGCCGGGGACCACGCCCAAGGCGGCGUUCACCGUGCUCGCGCUAGAGGCGCCGACCGCGCAGGCACAUAAUGACGCUGGACCGUAUGGUGAACAGGACGAGGAACAGAUAUUUAUACAAAAGGUCGUCCCCGACACUGAUACUCUGUACGUGCGACUCGCUUCCAACGGGAAAAGGGUAUGCACGAUCCGGUCCGUUGACGGUUCCGGUGUAUCGUGCUUCGUGGUGGCGGAGUGCGAGGGGGCGCUGCGGCCGCGGCGGCUGCUGGUGUGCGGGCACCGGUCCGGCGCGGCGCAGCUGUGGGACCUAACCGCGCACAUCGACCGCGCCGCGCGCCCGCCCCCCGCCCCGCCCACCGACGCGCCCGCACCGCGCGCCGCUCCCCCUGGCGAGGGUGAAGAAUCACCAGUGGGCGACGGCGGACCGAGCGCGGACGAGCUGGUGCGUCUGCUAGCGGCGUGCGACCUGGACGCCGCGCCGGCCGCCCCGACCGCGCGCCCCGACCCCGCCCCCGCCGCGCCCGCAGCCCCGCCCCUCGCGCCCGCCCCGCCCACUCCCCGCGCGCCCGACCGCCCCGCAUGA